AUGGCGUCAAUAGGUCCAAGUUUGCCUCCGCAUUUGUUAGCGAAGCGCAAAAGAGAAGAAGAGGAAGAGACUACUGCUGCCACUGCCAAAGUCACCCAGCCUAGCACGGCGAAUUCACCUGAUCGAAGUCCUGAUGGCUCUGAGAAGCGGAGACGAGUGAUAGGACCGUCUCCCCCUCCUGCACCUAUAGAUGAAUUACCGGGCCAUUCUGCACACAGUAGUGACGAUAGCGAAAGCAGCGACGACGACUACGGCCCUGCGAUACCAACAGAAGAUGAGCUUAAAAAACACGUUGAUGAAGACGUUGGCUCUUCGUACCAGCAACAGCGUUCGGCGCCAAAGGAAGAAGCCCCCGUCAAACGUGAUGACUGGAUGAUGAUGCCCCCUUCAGCGGACGGGUUGGCUCGUCACAUGGAUCCAAGCAGGCGACCACGGCAAUUUAAGUCUGGUAAAGGCGCUUCUAGUGGAGUCUCAGAUGGUAUGGACUCUACGUGGACGGAGACACCCGAGGAGAAGCGAAAACGACUCGAGAAUCAAGUCCUAGGAGUGGCACCGCCGCCAAGCUCGAAAUUGGCGAGCGAGAAUGCGAAGUCCAAGAAGGAUGAGGAGUCGGCGCGAAGGAUUAAAGAGUACAACGAAAAGCACCGGGGCAAGUCGCUACUUGAGCAGCACAAAGAAACCACGAGCCGUGGUGAGGAUGAUGACCCAAGUAAACGCGCUUUUGAUCGUGAGAAGGAUAUUGGAGGCGUGCUUAUCAGCAAGUCCAAGCAGCAGGAGAUGAUGAAGCGAGCUGCAGACUUCAACUCGAAAUUCGCAGGCGGAAAGUAUCUUUAA